AUGCAGAUCCUCCACAUCUCCCUCUUCCUCACCCUCUUGUCGCCCGCCUUCGCAGACAUCGACUGGAAACAAUGGGGUUUUAUGUGUCAACUCCAGAAAUGCAGCGGUUCCAACACCAUCGCCACCGGCGGUUCGGGCACAUGCAACGGCCGCGGAAUUGAGGGACACUAUUGCUUCCCGCUGGACAACUCGGGGGGAACGGCGUAUUGUGACGCUGGAGAGCAGUGCGGAGAAAUCAACGCCUCCCUCGUAGGCUUCGUCGUCGCCGCCGGGGUGCACUCGAUCGUACUGAUCAACAUUCCCAUCAUCCAGAGAUGCAGAAAGCCCAACAACAACUAUGACAACGGCAAAUGCCACGGCAUCGGAAAGAACGCCGGACAAGUCAAGGAUUGCCACAACAUGCAGGAAGACGUGGCAGCAUUGCGUAUUCCGUGUGCUGUCGUCUCUCGUAAUCGAUCCGCUGGCAGGAGAUGCGAUGUCCGGACAGCGCUGGUCGCUUCCGCUCUUCUUGUCAACAUCCCUGAUCUGGCUCUUGCCCGUGUCACGACCCACUGGCAGGACCUUACUCGAUUGCACAAACUGGGAAACUCCCUUCCGACCCAUUCCAUGGCUAUCCACCGCGGAAUCCAGUCUGCCAUCUUCUUCUACCUCUCCUGUGCACCGUGUGCAGACGCUCGAUAUCGGAAGAGACGAAAGCGAGAAGCCGCAUGGGAUCGUGCAGCCAGGGAGGAACUCGCGACCGAACUGCCAGGCGCAUAUCGACAUCCUUCUCCUUCUUCGACGAAUCCACAUUGGCAGACGGAGAUUGCAUUGGGACCGACGGGUGUGGUCAGAGGGAAGAAGAAGGCGAAUGCAGCGUUGAAUCCGCGGAGGAGGGCUCCGACUGAAUUCAGUAUGACGAGUGAGUCGCGCAGUGAGCUGGAUCUUGCACACAACGAAAGAGAUGGAGAUAGGUGGAAUUAUCGACCAUAUCAACGGGAUGAUGAGGAGCUGUGGGGUUCGUUGAGUAAUCUCAAUGGGACGACAUACGAUGGCUCUGGCCUGCAGAUGCCCGCACGAGUACGGACAAAAGACUCCAUGUCAAGCACCUACCAACCGAAUCGCAAUCCACCUAUAAGUGAUUUACACCCAGCCACCGUCACGAAGGUCUCCUCUCGAGAAGAGGUCAUGUGGAUGAUGCAACCUCCUCCUGUAGCUGAAGUGAUGAACGGCAAGGAACGCGCAUGUCGAAGCCGAAGUGACAGCGGAGGAGGCCGCUUGAGCCCCGCGAUGAGUGCUUCCACAAUGUCCAGACAAGUCAGCUCCCGACUUCGCGAACGUCGGACCCGAGCAGGAGAAGGUUCCACCACCAUGUCGAGGGAGUCCUCCUCUCGAACUUCGAAAUCGGCCUACAACAACCAAGUCCAACACACCACCACCCAACUCUCCUUUACCAGCGUCUCCUCCCGCGACUUCGCACUCAGCCCUACCUCUUCAAGACGUGAAGUCGAUCCAUCUGAAGAGUCCUACCACACCGUUCUGCACAGCCAAAACCACUGCACAUCAAGACCUCAACCCCACCGCAACGCUUCCCGUCCUCCACUCUCCACCAUCACAUCCGCCGACGACUUGCCCACAGCCUAUCUAUCACCUCCAAAUCGUGUUCCCACCCCAACCGACCUCCCGGACUUAGUCAACGAAAACUCCAUCCCCUCCCCACCACAAUCUCGCGACUCCACAACAACAGCAACCCCACGCAAACGAGCAGCCCAACCACCACCGAUACUCCACCGACAUAGCGCGUCGAUCCUCGUCCGAACAGGAAAAGAACUGCGACUCCUCCAACGGAUGGAAGUGUCGCCAUCACCGCCUCGCUCUAACAACCAACACUCGCAUCACCAGCCUUCACACGACGAGGAUGUCGACGAUAUGGAGGAAGACGCGGUUCUGACGGUGCGGGGAAGUGAUGGCAUGAUAGUCAAGAAGACGGCGGCGGAACUUUUCGAUUCGUGGUAUACGCCGGACUUUGAACUGCGGACUUGGGUGUUGGAGCAUACGAAACGGGAGGGGGUGAGGGAGAGGUGGAGCAUGGACUUUUAA